UCAUAUGACCGUCGUUACGCGAGUACGGCAUCACGGUUUUGUAGAUAGGCGUUGACUCGUCCUCGGUGCUCUUGAAUUAAAUUUAUCGAAGUUUUAACUUCCCCUGUAGAUUAUUAAAGUUUAUUCUUAAAUAAUUUUACAAAGCUCACAUCAUGGCGCUCAGUGAUGCUGAUGUUCAAAAACAGAUUAACCAUAUGAUGGCUUUUAUAGAACAGGAAGCUAAUGAAAAGGCAGAAGAAAUAGAUGCCAAAGCUGAAGAAGAGUUUAAUAUUGAAAAAGGACGUCUUGUCCAACAACAACGGCUUAAAAUUAUGGAGUAUUAUGAAAAAAAAGAAAAACAAGUUGAACUACAGAAGAAAAUUCAAUCUUCAAAUAUGCUUAAUCAAGCACGAUUAAAAGUUUUAAAAGUUCGUGAAGAUCAUGUACGUAAUGUUCUUGAUGAAGCUAGAAAAAGAUUAGGAGAAGUAACUCAGAAUCCAAACAAAUAUAGCCAAAUUUUGCGAUUAUUGAUCACUCAAGGUCUUUAUCAGCUUACAGAAGGUCAUGUUUUUAUCCGUGUUCGUCAAGUUGAUCUUCCUAUCGUAGAAUCUCUUCUAGAUUCUAUACAGCAAGAAUAUAAGCAAGCAACAAAGAAGGAUGCUCUUCUUAAAAUAGAUCAAGAGACUUUCUUGCCUGCUGAAAGUUGUGGUGGUGUUGAAUUACUAACAUCUAAAGGUCGCAUUAAGAUUAACAACACUUUGGAGUCACGGUUAGAGCUUAUAGCUCAACAGCUGAUACCUGAAAUUCGGUCGGCUUUGUUUGGUAGUAAUCCUAAUCGCAAAUUUACCGAUUAAGGAAAUUACUUGCAUCAGAAAUUCACUGAUACAUUCCCUUUUAAACAGCAACCAGUAAACACGUGAAAUGUAUUGUGUAGGUUAGAAAAUAGUCUAUGACAAUAUUUUUUGUUGCAUAACUGCAUGUAUAAUACUUAAUAAUGACCUUUAUCUUUAAUUGGCUUUAUGGCAAAAUUGUCACCUAUAAAAAAAAAUAUAAAAUUGAACUAUUGUUUCAACAAAGACUUGUGUAUUGUUAAUAGAAAGAUAUGAUAUAAAAUAUAUUAUUCAUGAGUCAAAUACAAUUUUAUUUAAUAUAGCUAAAUUUUUCCAACAUGUGACAAUGUCUUAUUGUAAUAUCACGGUUGUAGCAAUAUUAGCUAUAUAUACAUAAUAGGAUAUAAUACAUUCUUAUAAAAUUCUACUGUACAUGCACAGUGUUUAUAUGGACAAUGAAAUCAAUGGAUGGUUAAGUUUAAUAAUGAACAGAACAUUCUAGUUUUCAAGAAGUGCAAUAUUGUUGUGCCAGUGAUGGUAUCGAAUGUUAACAGCAUUAAUAUUUGUUAAAACAAAAAGAAAAAAAAAUUGAAUGUGUCUAGUUCUAUUCAUAUUCUAAGAUAGCAGUAUAAAGGAAUUAUAGUUUGAUGAGUUAAUGCUUUACUUACUAGCUAUAUGCUUUUUCUGUAUAGAUAAUGAAUAUAUUCAAUGAUAGUAAAUUAUUAUGUUUAACUUUUUGAUGUUGAUAAUAGGGAAAUUGGUAAAUGGAUAAAUUAUCAAUGCUUCUUUUAUUUUAUGAUAUCGCUAUCUUACUGUGUGUUAUAUUAUGUGGCGUGUAACAGUAUUUCACUUGCUAUCAUCUUAUUAAGGUAUUUGAUCAACUAUGAUACAAAUAUAAAGCUUAUAUAAUUAAAAAUAAUAGAUUGUAUAAAGAUUAUUGCAAACUAAUGACCUUGUAAUUCUAUUUGUAACUAUGUAAUAUAAACUGUGUUCUAACCAUUCAGAAUAUAUGUAGAAAACAGUUAUUAUUGUUUCUUGUCUGUUGUUAUCAGGCAGUAAUUGCCAAUAAAAGUUAUUAUAAUA